GAUUUCAUUAAACUUGCUUGCUUGGUAUACACUCAUUUUCAGGCGGCCGAAGUAUCACGACUUCAACGCAUAACGGAUGCUAUGCAGAGAGGGGAGAUGACCAACGAAGUUCUCGAAGCGUGUCCUGAACUCGCUGCUGCAUACAAACAGCAAGAGAAAUUGAAAUACAGAAAGACAACCCUCGAAAGACGAAAAUGUAUUGUUUGCAACAGUGCCCCGCCUAAGUCGAAGAAGCAAAAUUACGUCAUUGUGAAGGACUAUGGUUCCAGCAUCAUAAGUAGGCUCUCAGAUCUGUUCAAAGAUGCUAUCAGAGAGGCCUUCCCAUCCAUUGACAGCGUCUCCGUUGCUUUAACAGAAACCACAAAUCCGAAAUUCGGUGACUAUCAGUGCAAUUCAGCAAUGGCAAUAUCAGCGAAAUUGAAAGCAAACGGCACCGUAAUGCGUCCAUCUGAAGUUGCUGCUCAAAUUAAUUCAAAGGUUCCGCCAUGUGAAUUGAUAGAAAAGAUUGAGGUCGUACCUGCAGGCUUCAUCAAUGUGUUUCUCAAUAAAGCAUUCAUAGAAGCUCAAAUAGGAAAGAUUGCGUCCAAGGGUGUUCAACUUCCACAAAUAGAAGCAAAACGGGUCAUUGUUGACUUCUCGUCGCCAAAUAUCGCCAAAGAAAUGCACGUGGGUCAUCUCCGCUCGACCAUCAUUGGAGAUUCCAUUUGUCGCCUCUUGGAACGUGUUGGUUUUGAUGUUCUCCGAAUUAAUCACAUUGGUGACUGGGGAACGCAGUUUGGGAUGCUGAUUGCUCAUCUUUAUGAUAAAUAUCCCAAUUUUAUGAAUCAGCCGCCUCCUAUUAGCGAUUUGCAAGCUUUUUACAAGGAUUCCAAAAAACGUUUCGACGAGGAUCCUGAAUUCAAGAAACGUGCAUAUGAUUGCGUUGUAAAGCUGCAAAGUUACGAUCCUGAAAUCGUGAAUGCUUGGACCAUGAUUUGCAAUAUAUCCAAGAAAUACAACCAAAUUGUUUACGAUCGCCUUGACAUUGUGAUAGAAGAUGUAGGAGAGUCUUUCUAUCAAAAAAUGAUGAUUUCAUUAGUGGAAGACUUGAAGAGGAUACAGUCGGACCACUGCCGAGAAGAGGAAGGACGUCUUCUUUAUUUCCCAGAAAAAUGCGAAGUUCCGUUGACCAUUGUGAAAAGCGAUGGAGGUUAUACUUACGACACUUCCGAUUUGGCCGCUCUAAGGUAUCGGCUACAUGAGAAGAAGGCAGAUUGGGUUGUCUAUGUUGUCGACGCUGGACAGAGCUUACAUCUAGAGACUGUUUUUGCCGCCGCUCGUGAACUCGGGUGGUAUGACGAUUCGCGACAGCGUGUUGAGCAUGUAGCCUUUGGACUUGUUCUAGGAGAAGAUAGGAAGAAAUUCAAAACCAGAUCUGGAGAAACUGUUCGACUUCUCGAUCUUCUUGAUGAAGGAGUUAAGCGAGCAUCUUCUAAACUGGAGGAGAAAGGAAGGGCAGAUGUCAUGAAUGAGGCUGAGCUAGCAGCUGCUCGUGAUGCUGUGGCUUACGGUUGUAUUAAGUAUGCGGAUUUAUCCCAUACUCGCACUCAGGACUAUGUGUUUUCGUUUGAUCGAAUGCUGGAUGAUAAAGGAAAUACCGCUGUUUAUUUGCUCUACGCAUACGCCAGAAUAAGAUCUAUUGUUCGAACUUCUGGCGUAGCUCCUGAGGCUAUUAAUGAGUUCAUCGCAAGCAACCCGACUAUCCCAGUUACGCAUCCUGCAGAAUUGACGCUAUCGAAGCAGAUCCUCAAGCUGUCUGAUUGCAUCCUUCAAGUAUUAGAUUCACUUAUGAUCCACCAGCUGUGCGAUUACCUUUACCAUUGCAGUAUUUAG